AUGAGGGUCCAUCUCUGGUCGGUGGCAGUAACAGCCACCCUCUCCUCGGCCUUAUUCAUUCCCACCCCCCAACAAGCACUAAGUGACCUCGACCUCAACAGCAUAGAAACAAACGAUAAGGCCGCCCUCGACGAUUACCUCCUCCAACUCUCAGUAUUGGACGCCGCAUCCGAAAUCCAAAACACUGACCUAGACAACACCCUCACUCCCCUCUUCGACACAGAAGACUACGACUACGACUACGACUACUUCGAGGAGGACGACUAUGGCAACUCAGAAUACCUCCCCGAGGACAUCACCCAACUGCCCCCCUUCUCCCAACUAUACCCCCACCACCCGCCCUCCGACAAGACUAUCUACGAGCUCAUCACCGAAAGCAAAUACACCACCAUCCUGGCGAAGCUCGUCAAAGAAGACGAGGAACUAGUCCAGCUCCUCAACUCGACAGAAACAAACCACACGUUCUUCGCGCCCACAGACGACGCAUUCAAGAAGAUCCCACACCACGAUGACCACAAACCACCCAAGGAGCUCAUCCGCGCCGUCAUCAAGUACCACCUCGUCCCGGGACUCUGGAACGCGCGCACCGUCUUCCACAGCCACACCCUACCGACUGAAUUGCAAGCUCCAGCACUUGGCGAGAAGCUCCCACAGAGACUAUCCGUCCGAGCAGGCUGGAGAGGUCUAACGCUGAACUUCUACAGUCGGGUCGUAGCCCCCGAUAUCCCCGGCACCAACGGCCUCAUCCACGGAAUAUCCAGCCUCCUCAUCCCACCCCCAACCACCAAAACGCUCCUCGACCUGGUUCCCACAAAAUUCAGCACCUUCGAUCUCGCCAUCCUCAAAACCAACCUCACCAUCCCUGAAAACAAAGACCAAGAUGGCAACAAGAAAGGCCACACGAUCUUCGCCCCCUCAAACGCAGCCUUCGGCAAACUGGGCCUCAAGAUCAACGCCUUCUUAUUCUCGCCCUACGGCCAGAAAUACCUCCUCGCGCUGCUGAAGUACCAUAUUGUUCCGGACCGGACGCUGUACUCAGAUGUCAUUUACACGGAGAAGGGUGAGGUCCGACCGUUUGGAGUCCAGGGGUUCACGCAUUUGGAUCUGCCGACGUUGUUGGGGGAGAGGAGGUUGAGGGUUGAUGUGGCGCGGUUUGGACCGUAUGCUUCGUUGAAGGUUAAUGGGUUUCAGCGGGUGGCGGUUGCGGAUGUGUUGGGGCGGGAUGGCAAUGUACAUAUUGUGGAUGAGGUGUUGGUUCCGCCGAGGAAGGUGGCGGCGGAGUGGGAUGAGUGGAACGAGGAGUUGACGGUGGAGGAUCUGAAGGAGCGGCUUGCGGGGUGGGUGGACGAUGAUCAUGAUGAUUACAAUGAGGGGGUGGAAUUGUGGGCUCAUGCGUUUGACUUGUAG